CGCGGAGAGAGGGAUGACCAGUGUUUACGUGGAUUGUUCGAUAACCUCAACGUCUCGUGCGACAUGAUUCACGGAGAAAGGCGUGUUCGAUGGCCUGGAACGGGCUUCUUGUGACUUGCAGUGGUUUUCGCGCUUCUGGCCGACAUGGAGGGCUCGCAAAGGACUCCCACGUGCACCUGCCCGAGGGCGCAGAAGGGCACUCGCUGGCCGAACAUAACCUCCUCGGGAGAGCCACCCUGCAUCACCAGGAGCUACAGACCACACGGCAGCCUCGCCAGGAUCCUCUUCGAGAAGCAGAGGGCCGACGACAGGCUCGCUGCUUACGACAAAACCCAGUGGUACAGGGUGGACACCACGAGGGUUCGGGAGGACCUCCUGAGGAUGUGGGUCCCACUGGGCGCGGGGCCCAACCGGGACCUGCCCGACAAGGCCGCCGAGGCGUUCCUGGCCCGGUCCACCGAGAGGUCGGACUCCCUCCCUCUGCAGAUCUGGCACUCCCUGGCGAGGUCCGCCCUGUCCUGGUUCAUCAGCCGGACCUCCAUCAACGGGCUCCUGGGCAGGGGAUCCAUGCACGUCUUCUCGGCCGAGCAGUUCGUCAAGCUGAUGGAGGCCAGCGGGUUCGCCGGGCCCUGGCACUCGCUGGUUGAUCUCGGCGCCGGCGACGGCGCCACCACCGCCCACGUGGCCCACCUCUUCGAGAAGGUCUACGCCACUGAGAUCUCGCCGCCGAUGCGAUGGGCCCUGUCGAAACGCAAGUUUACGGUGCUCGACAUCGACCACUGGCACGAGGAGGCGGGUCCCUUCAGCGUGAUCCUGUGCCUGAACCUGCUGGACAGGUGCGACAGGCCCAGCACCCUGCUCAGGCGUCUGAAGAGCGCCCUCGCACCUGGGGGCCGGAUCGUCGUCGCCUUGGUACUUCCCUUCGGGCCCUACGUCGAGGUCGGCGAACGCGGGGACCACAGGCCCUCGGAGUACCUGCCGAUCAAGGGCGUCGGCCUCGAGGGCCAGAUCCCUGCCCUCCUCGACCGCGUCUUCGGGCCCCUGGGCCUGGAGUGCCUCGCCUGGAGCAAACUGCCCUACCUCUGCGAGGGUGACCUCAGCCAGGCUUAUUGCUUCCUGGACGACGCCAUCUUCGUUCUGCGGGUGCGACAGGAGGACCCCAGGACCACCUCCCACGGGAACUGCCCCAGGUCGGAUGUCGGGACGGAGGAUCGCACCAUAUCAGACGCACAGCUGGAGACCGGGAUGUGUGGCGGAGGCAAGAAACUCCUAAGAGACUGAACGAGCUGUAUCGUGUCGACCAGAGCUGCAAACGAAACACCGGUGAACUUAAUCGAAGGCAUAUCUCGAUUUACUCUCCAGACUCGAGAGGUGGCGAGUCAAGUUUCA